GAUUAAGUUAUCUCUGUAAUCUUAGAAUACAUCACUAACAAUGCACAGACAAUCUGAAAAUAUAAAUGCUACCCUAGAAGUUAAAGAAAAUAAGAGUAGAAGUACUGAAGCAAAGGAAGAGGCCUGUUUCCCUGAUCUGUCAAAAGACCAGAAGAUUUGCAAAGUGACUGAAUCCAAAAUCACAAUGGCAUCUGAGAAGGAGAAUUUUAGCGAUGGGAACCAAACGCCGUUGAAAAAAAACACAUCAAAAUAUACUAAAGACCUGGAGAAAGAAUCAUACCGCAACUGCAAGGAUGUUGUUAACUAUCAGCUCACUGAAUGCUUUUUUGAUACACGAAAUAGAGAUACAUUUGGUGAAUCUACUUUGCCCUUGAGCAAUAAGGAAAAUUUUUCAAAAAAUAGACCUGUUUCUUUGGGGAGUGAAAGCUACUUAACACCUAACAAAGAUAAAGCAGAAGAAAAAUCUGAUCACAGAGUAUCAGAGAAACUGAUGAGAAAGCCUGUUGAUUUUGCAACUGUAACAAUUGCUGAAUUUGGGAUUACUCCAGAAUCUUUUACUAAACAAUCUAUAGAAAAGUCUCCAACAUUGUUAAAGUUUAGACGAAGAUCAACAAUUGGAGUACGGGGGUCCCCAGAAAAUAACACACUUAUUCGAUACCUUGCCCACCAGAGAAGGAAUAGACAGAAAGAACCCUUUACACAGGCUAGUCCUUUUAACCAUCAAAAUGCUGGAUCAUUAAAGGACAAAAUACGUGCUUUUCAAACAUCUUUUAAAUCAGUGCAAGAAGAUGAAGGGAAGAUUGGCUUCUCUGGACUCUCACAGGUGGCUGAUGUUUCUGAGGAAGCGGGCUGUUCUCAGAACAAAGUACCUUUUACAGAAGAGCACAACGAGGAUCAGUGGAGUGAAAAGUUAAUGUUUGUCUACAGUGGAGAUGAUUCCAGACAAAAUUUCACGAACAGCAAUAAAGCUGAUACCAAGAUACACAGUACUUCGUCUUCGUGCCAAGACGUGAUUGUCACUGAACCUGCUGCUGCUGUUUCAAAGAAACUGAUCUGUGAGCAGCAGAAUACUGUUGAGUCUUUGGAGGCUGUUCUAAUUAAAGAUACCUUAGAAACAAGCCGUGUUUUCAGUCCUGAAUCUGUCACUAAAGAAGACAGAAGUAAUGUUACAUCAGAUCUAACCAGAAAGAAGGAUAAUUUUGCAGAAGAACUGAGCUUAGAAACAUUUGAUGAAACCAAGCCAUCUAUCACACCACUACAAACAGGAAAUGUUUUAUUAAAUGAAUGCACACAGAGUGGCUCCCAUCUUCGAUCUGUGUUGAAGAAAACACCAGUAAAGCAAAUAAUGGCUGGCAUGAAGGUAUCAGAUAAUUCUGUUGACAGAAGAGGAAGUGAAUCUCUCAAAGUCUGCAGUACCACAAACAUCUCUGAAUUGCAAGCAGUAGAGGAAACUGAACAACACAGCUCUGAAAAGCAAAAAAAGAAAAAAGUUACUUUUGGAGAAGAUCUAAGUCCAGAAAUAUUUGACAAAACUUUGCCCGCAAAUACUCCAUUGCGCAAAGGAGCAACGCCAGUCCGUCAUCCAGGAUCACAAAGCAGCAGUCCAUUUACAAGAUCAAAUCUGACUGAAGAACCAUUAUCCCAGCCAAACUUUGACUGCAGUGAUGAAUGUAUUGAGUCUGUUCAAGAGCUUGUGAAGGAUUAUGUUGCUGCAGAAGACUUUUUAUCCAUUCAAAAAAUGGAAGUUAUAUUAGAAACUGACAGAUCUUUUGUGAGAAGAACUCGGUCCUGUUCUAAAAGAAAGUUUAGCACCGUUUCAGAGGGGAUUGAUUUUAGCAUCUCAAAAACCACAAGUGCUAAGAAUAGUGACGAUGCUAAAAAUCCAAGAAAGACCAAAUUUCAAAGACAAAAGAACACAACCACAUCUGCUGCCAAGAAGACACUGAGAGUAAAACAUACAAGCUAUGGAAAAAGAAGAAAGAAAAAGGUAAAGAAAUCCCUAUAUGGGGAAAGAGAAAUGGCUUCCAAGAAACCUCUUCUGAGUCCAAUCCCUGAGAUUCCAGAGGUUUUCUCUUCUACCUCAUCUCCAAACACACCAAGACAAAUGCAAGACAAACAUAAGACAAAUGCAGUUUUCCCAGAUAAUUCCAAAUCCAAGAAUGCUUAUGACGAUGCUCAACAGAAAAAAGUGGUUGAAAGAAUGAGAGGAAAAAGCAUCCAUGCAAUUCACACAUGUCCAAACUCUGACGACCUGGACGUUGUGGAAGCCAGCAGCUCCAAUGACACAGUGUUUCAGACUUCAAAUGGUGAUCCAGAGUCCGUUUCAAGCACUCAUUACCAGUUUCCAAACCUUGUUGUGCCAGAGGCAAAGUGCAUAUUUGAUACAUCUGACUAUGUCCUGCAAGGUGAAGAGACUGCAUGUAUAGAAGAAGAAAAAAGCAAUUCCUUGAUAGAAAACAAGAAAUUAAGAGGGAAUUACCUAAAUAAAGGAGAGCUGCUAACAGGGCUAGAGUUCCUGGAAUCUCAGGACGCUCCUGUACCUGAGGAUGCCCAAAGAACAGAGUGCUCACCAAAACACUGUUUAAGAGGUAGACUACCAAGAAGAAGAAGAAAUAGUACUAUCUCUAGUCCUUAUACUGAAAACUUCCAUUUUGAAACAACUGGAAACAACCUUCCAGUUUCUUCUUUUAAUGUGGAAGAAGUCUUAUCUGCUCCUCAACUGAAAAAUGACUCCUCAGAGCCUUUUAGAAGACUGAGUGAUGAUAGUGGUAGGAAAAGGAGGGUGAGACGCAGUAUGAGACUACAUAAAGAUGCAGAAACUGAAGGGCUUGCAUGGAUUCAAGUACCCGAUGAGAUUCAAAUAAAACCUCAGCUGUUAGCUUCCUGUUGCAAAAUUAGGAGAACAAUAAACGUGUCUGUUCUUAAAGAAUCUGAGAAAGUUUGCCAUAGAGAAGAAAACCUCAUCCAGUUUUCAGCACCAGCAAAGGAAAACAAUGACUCUGUUCGUCUUGCUGAUGGUCCUUGCAAAAGGUGGAAGAGGAAAAGCAUGUGUGUACCCAUACCUCAAGAAACAAGAAAUUGGUCUCAAACCCAGAAAAGGAACACAACAGAAUUGGAAUACAGGAAAGACAGAAGUAACCAAAAACAUUGUGAAGAAGCAGAAAUCGCUCUUGAAAACCAGUCUGAUAAUUAGCAAAAGUUCGGCUACCUCUGAUUUUUUAAAGAAAAGACAUCAUCAGUUUUUCCCAAGACAAGAAAUCCUAAGAAACUUGAAAGAAACUUCAUUAAUUAAAUGCUGUUCAUCUUGUCCUGCCUUAGAAACAUUA